UCUGAAUAAUAUAGGUACACUGAUUGCGCUAAUCAAAGGUUAUAAUAAAUAAUAACAUAUUAUUUUUUAUACACGCAUCACACACAUAUUAUACAUAGGUUCUGCCGGCGUUUUAUUCGUCGUCGUCGUCGUCAUCGUCACGCGUUCAGGCCGCAGUUCGCGUCUAAUAGUCGAGUACCGCUGUACGUAACAGAAAAAAAUAAAUAUAUUUGCAUUCACCGCGAACAUGUUGAAAAUAGGAUUUUUCGGUGCCGGGAAAAUGGCUCAGGCGUUGGCCAAAGGAUUCUUGACGGCCGGUCUCGUCAAAGGAGAAAACAUCACAGCCAGCUGCGCUCCGCAAGACACGCAGUGCGUGAAAGCUUUCGAGGGAUUCGGGUCGACGGUGACUUUCGACAAUCGGUCGGUGGCCGACAACGCCGACGUCCUACUGUUGGCAGUCAAACCGACCGUGGUCAAGACGGUGCUGGACCAGAUCCGUCCGAAUUUCUCCGCCAGCAGACACCUGUUGCUGUCCGUCGCCAUGGGAGUCACAGUGAAUCAGUUGGAAAAGCUCUUACCGGACGGCUCGAGGGUGAUGCGAGUGAUGCCCAACACGCCUGCGUUGGUUCAGUGCGGCGCUUCCGUGUACGUGCCAGGCAAACAGGCGACGGACGAAGACGAGAAGCUGACGGCUAAACUUUUGUCGUCCGUGGGCACGGCGGAGCGCGUGCAAGAAUACUUGAUGGAUCCGAUCACUGCGCUCAGCGGUUCCGGUCCGGCAUACGUAUACGUUAUUAUCGAAGCUCUGGCCGACGGUGCCGUUCGUAUGGGCAUGCCUAGAGACAUGGCGUACAGAUUGGCGUCGCAGACGGUCCUGGGAGCGGGGACCAUGGUUCGAGAUACCCAAGAACACCCGGGAAAACUCAAGGAUGACGUUACUUCGCCUGCGGGUUCCACGGCGGCCGGUCUUUGUGCUUUGGAAAAUGGUGGCCUAAGGUAUACGAUCAUCGACGCUUUGGAAAAAGCUACGGAAAAAUGUAAGGAAACAUCGAAAGCGCUUUAAACGAUUUUUCAGUCGAUUUGACCGUGGUAAACAUUCAUAUUCCCUGUAAUAUCUAGUCUAUUUGAUAAGCCUUUUCUAAAUGAUUUAACUGUUUAAGUUUGUAUUAUAUGUAUUUUAUAUUUUAUUAUUAAUUUUAUUUAUUUUUUAUGAUUGUGUUCAAAGUACGACUGUUCUUAUAUAAUGUUUAUUGUAUAUAUUCAUUAUUAAAUAAAUUAUCUAAUUAUAUAGUUCAA